AUGUCAUAUCGUGGUCCUAACCAAUUUCAAAAUCAAUUUGGUGGCCAACCUCAAGGUAUACCUUCACAACAACCUCCACAUAUUGGCCCGGUGUCAACAUCCAAAUCGCCAUUACAGAAAUUUGAAGAUUAUUCCAAACACAUUGAAGAUUUGAUUGAUGAAUACUUUAAAGUCUUGAAACCUUAUGUGCCUGCAAUUGGAAGGGCGUUUUUGGUUGCGACUUUUUAUGAAGAUACUUUAAGAAUUUUCACUCAAUGGAAUGAACAAGUUUAUUAUUUGCAUAACUAUAGACAUUACUGGAGAUGGUUAACCAUAUUUUUCUUAGUUAAUAACAUGUUAGUCAUGAGUAUUGGAUCCACUUUGGUUAUUCUUAGAAAAAAGAUCAAUAUUGCAACAAUUGCGUUGAUUAUUGUUGUCAUAGUUCAAGGUAUCGGUUAUGGCUUGAUAUUUGACGGGCAAUUUGUUUUGAGAAACUUGUCUGUUGUCGGUGGGUUAGUUUUGGCUUUUUCAGAUAGUAUAGUAAGAGAUAAGAGAUCCUUGAACAUGCCAGGCUUACCAAUGUUGAACAAUCAAGAUAACAAGAAGUACUUUCUUUUAGCCGGUAGAAUCUUGUUGGUCUUAUUGUUCUUGGGAUUCGUCUUUUCUUCCGAUUUAUCAAUGGGUAGAUUAUUUAUCAUCUUCAUUGGAUUGUUAUCUUGUGCUUCAAUAAUUGUUGGUUACAAGACUAAGUUUUCUGCUGCCAUCAUGUUGACUGUAUUGUUCUUAUAUAAUGUCUUCACCAAUCAAUUCUGGGCUUACGAUUCUCAUGAUGCUAGACGUGAUUUCUUGAGAUACGAAUUUUUCCAAGUUUUAUCCAUUGUUGGAGGUUUAUUAUUGGUUGUCAAUGCAGGUGCUGGUGAAUUUUCCAUUGAUGAAAAGAAAAAGAUUUAUUAG